AUGACCACUUACGAAAAAAUUGUCAAGGGUGCUACGAAACUCAAGGUAGCAGCACCAAAACCCAAAUAUAUUGAGCCCAUACUUUUGGCUACUUCUAGUCGGUAUGAUGGAAGAAAUGAUGAUUUGAAAUCUGUUCUGUCCGCCUUGGCUGGUCGCAUUCAGGAUCCAUCCUGGUCAGUAGUAUACAAGUCGCUCAUCGUAUUGCAUAUAAUGAUACGAGAAGGCGAAGAAAAUGUUACUUUGAAAUACUUGAGCAGACAUGUAUCAAUGUUAGAACCUCGAAAAUUAUCCCGAGAUGGACACUAUGGUGCCAGAUCAAUAGUACAGUAUUCGAAAUACCUGGCAGCUAGGGCCCGAGAGUUCUCUAAAACUCAGGUUGAUUUUGUUCGGGACGAAAAAUCAUCCAAUAGUUCCAGCAGUUCUAACUCAGAGAAAAAGGGGGGCAUUUUGCGUACUCUUUCCGUCGAUAAAGGUCUACUAAGAGAAGUUGAAAGUGUGCAGCGUCAAAUUGAGAGUCUAUUAAAAUGUGAAUUUGCAGAGAGUGAAGUCAACAACGACAUCGUUCUGACAAGUUUCCGUAUGCUGGUUUAUGACCUUCUUGCACUUUACCAAUGCUUGAACGAAGGAGUGAUUAAUAUUUUGGAACAUUACUUUGAAAUGAGUAAAGUUGAUGCUGAGAGAGCAUUAGGUAUCUAUAAAGAUUUUGUAGACCAGACGGUGGAUGUGGUGAAGUAUCUUAAAGUGGCAAAACAUCUAGAGCAUAGUACGAAGCUCCACGUUCCAACUAUCAAACAUGCACCAACUGAACUUGCCGGAUCUUUGGAAGAUUAUUUGAAUGAUAAAGACUUUGAAAUCAACCGACGCCAGUAUUUGGCUGAGAAGCAAACAAAAUCUAACAAGUCUCACUCCCCUGUGCGAAGGACUUCCUCAACUCUUCCCGCAUCUCAACGAGGUACUGCGCAACAAACUUCUCUGAAUGUUCAAACGACCGGGACCAACCCAUGGGGAACCACACCGCAAGCAUUUGCUUACCAACCUAUACAGAAUGUCCAAAGCUCUUCGCAGCAGCAGAUGACAGCUGUGUUACCAUAUCAACUGACGUCUGUUAAUGAAGAGUCAUUAUCGUUCUCGCAAUCUCACGCCCCCACUGGCAACGCACGGCCUCCACUUCCUCCAACUACCAGUUUCUAUCAACCUUCAAUCCAGCCAGUAUUUACUGGGGUGGGGUUUGGAGGAUACACUGGUGGUAAUCAAGUUGCUGUUCAGACGACUGGAAACCCUUUUUUUCAAAGCUCAUCUGCCGCUAAUCAGAUAGGUGCACAACCGCAGAAUAUUGGUACGCCUGGUCAAAAUCAAACUUACUUUCAGGGCGACCACUUCAAUCAGCAAAGCAAUCAAUUUGGCAACCAACAUUUAAACAAUCAGGCAGUUGGGCAGUCUUAUGGAAAUAGUCAUUCAACGAACAAGAUAGGAGCAAACAAUCCCCUUAAGCGAGCCAACACUAACCCCUUUGCCUUUCAGUCAACUGGUUCGCAACCUGUUGCUCUGAAUAAUAGUAGGUCCAAUCCAUUUUCAACCGUUUCUCAACCUGCAGCUAGUACAGGUAACCCAUUUGCUUCCUCCUCUUCGCCACAUGUCCAGCUUUCUCAUCAGCCAACUGCCGGGGGUUUAGAAAAGGUACCAACUGUAUCAGUUUUCCCUGAAACUAGGCAGCAGCAACAACAGUCGCAGCACCAAAUGCCAAAUUAUGCAACUUAUUCGUCUUAUAAUGGCCCUAGUCUCAUUUGA